UUCAAAACCAGUCCCGGUGUAAAAAUAGGGAAGAAAGGUACACUGGCGACCCUUAUUUACUCCGGUGGUCCCUACGACACUGUACAUUGGAAGUAGAAGUACCUGAAAUAAAAAUGUAUUUAGCGUUUGAGGCGUUAGUGAUUUAGUGUGCAAUAUGUGCUGGAAUGAUAAAGAACAAGUUAAGAUGUGUUUUUUGAGGUGAAUGUUUGAUCGUUUUUGUUGAUGUAUAAAUAUUGUUUAAGCAAACAGUUAGUUUAGAGUUAAACAGUUAUGGCGAGCGAAGACCUAGCAAUAAUCAAGGAAAACCUCCUGUGUCCUGUAUGUACUUGUUACAUGUCCGUACCGAUUAGACAAUGCAAAACCGGCCACAGUCUUUGUGAUCAGUGUUUCACGAAAGUGAAGCAUUGUCCGAAAUGUAGGGGACCCAAAUCAACUGCUAGGUGUUUUACUUUGGAAGCUAUUGCUUCUAAAAUAAUACUAACUUGUAGGUUCAAAGAUGAGGGAUGUUUAUUCUCGACCUUAGGCGAUGCAAUGGCCGAACAUGAAAGGCAAUGUCGAUACGGUCUAAUUUGCUGUCCAUUCAAGACAUACGAUCACUGUAAAUGGACGGGGUACAUGAAGAAAUUGGAAAACCACUGUAUGAGGAAGCACACCAAUAAUUUCUACUCCAAAGAAAAGCAGAAGUUUAUAUCCAAGAGUUUUAAAGAAGUCGACAGCUACUACUACAUUUACGUAAUUAUUCACGCAUACGACGAGUUCUUUAGACUAACUUGGGAGCUAGACGACGAGACAGGAAUCACAAAGUGGGCGAUAUAUUUUAUGGGAACAAAGGAAAUGGCAGAAAAAUUUACAUACAAGAUUGAAUUUACCGGAAUCUCUAACUCUGAGUACUCCAAUACGGCCAAAAACAUCGUAUGGAAGUCACCUUGCAGCGUUCUGCCUGAUGUAGAAUCUGUUAAAUUUGUAGGAAACGAUUACCUCAUGGUGCAUAGGGAUCUACUAAACACGUUUUGUGAUGAAAAUGGUGAUUUAAAUUAUACCACCUUCAUCUACAAGUCUGAGUCAUUGAAGAAACAUAGGAAGGCUAGCGAACCAGAACUCGAGAGGGUGAUGAAAAAUAUUAAAUUUUGAGAUUUUAUUAUUUUUUUCUAUUUUUAUAAAAUAUGUAUUAUUCAUUCGCAAUAAAG